AUGGGUCGUCCAUACUCGUAUUUCAAUAGCAGACAAAUGGAAUUGAGAAAGGAUGUGAAACGGGCUUUUGAAAUUCUGAAGUGGAAGUUCGCCAUCAUUUGUGGGCCUUAUCUUGGUCUAACUGCUGGUGAAAUGCAUAAGAUUAUGCUGACUUGCAUAAGUAUGCAUAACAUGGUAAUUCAGGAAACCCGUCGUAAUAAUGAUUGGACUAACCAUGAAGAUGAAAACUUAAGACCUGAGAUUCAACCGGGAAGAGGAUCACCUGCAAGGAACUAUGCACAAAUGACUAGUCACAUUGAGAUCAAAACUAUGUAUGACAGGUUAAGGGAAUAUCUCAGAGCGAAUAUCUGGUCUGAGUUUGGAAGAGGUGGAGAGCGAAUUGAUUAG